GAGACACACUUCAACCUUGGGAUAUCUCAUCAUUCCAUACGUCCAUUACAAAAUUCCACACCAAGCAUUAUCAUCUUUCAAAAUGUCUCGACCGGAUAUCUUCUACCAACCUCCGAAAGGAGAAAGCUCUGGGCUGCCUCAUGAUCCCUUCAAAUCUUUCGUUAUCCCACGUCCCAUUGGCUGGAUUUCUACGACCUCCAAAAGCGGUCAGGAUAAUCUCGCCCCUUUCUCACAAUUCAACAAUGUAUCUUUUGACCCUACAACUAUCAUGUUCAUUGGCCAUCAAUCCGUCUACAAACGUCAAAGUAAAGAUUCUGUCAAUAACGCUAAAGAUACUGGGGAAUUUGUUUGAAACAUGGCUAUGUAUGCUUAUACAUUCAUCCCUUGUUCUCCGGGUCUCCCCUCUAUAUCGUUCUCCCUCAAUAACAGACCCCAGUUAUGACCUCCGAGAUUCUGUUAAUGCCACCGCUCUCGAAUCAUGGGAUGACGAAUUUCCUCUCACAAAAGUAACAAAGGUCCCCAGUAAAGUAGUAAACCCUCCCCGCGUGGCCGAGUCCCCGGCUCAAUUUGAGUGUAAAGUCCAUUCUAUCCUCCGAAUCAACGGAGAUUCUUUGGUGGGCCAUAGUAAUAUUGUUAUUGGAAGAGUGGUGGGAAUUCAUAUCAGGGGUGACUUCAUUACAGGCGAUGGCUUUUCGAUGUUUUAAAGGCGGCUCCACUGGCUAAACUCGGUUACCAUCAAUACACGGCGAUUAAUAAUAUUUUUAAUAUGGAUAUGCCA